GUCACUUUGCCGAUUUAUUCCGCAAAAGACAACAACUAAAUUCCAAAAAUGAAAAAGAAAGAAAAAACAAACAAACAAACAAACCUACAUGCGCGCAAUACAUUGCGUAGUCUCCUCCUUCCUUCCUUCAUCCAAGGAGUUCCAGGCGUUUCUUUUUCCCUCCUGGCCUCGUCCUCCUUGACUUUUUUCCUAUGUAGCACAAGAAUAAACCGAAAGGCUCCCUUAGGCGGAACCCCGAUCCCCGCGAGCGAGCGAGCGAGCGAGCACGGGGUGUGGGGGAGGAGAGAGCACGAUGCAAAAUUUCCUUUUUGCUGUAGAAAUAUUUGGCUUGUUAUUUGGGCUCUCUCUCUCGCGCGCGCGUGGGGGGGGGGGCCAUUAUUCGAGGGGUCUGGCAUGAGGUAUAUUAUCAUACCAUACCAUACCAUGCCGUGGGGGCCUCUCUUUCUUUUACUUACCUUACUUCACCGUACUUUUUCCUUGCGUGGCCAAGGGAAAAGAAAGAUAGGAUAUCUAUCAGAAUACCUUGGGUACCUAGGUAGUUGGUAAGAGGUAAGUAAGAAAGAAAGAAAAAUAUUGCCUGAAA